AUGGCGAAUCCUAGGAAAUUUAGUGAAAAAAUUGCCCUCCAUAAUCAAAAGCAAGCUGAGGAGACGGCUGCCUUUGAAAAAAUUAUGCGUGAAGUUUCCGACGCAACCAAUAAGGUGAAUCCAAAUAAUAGAAGAGCAAGAAUAAAUGCUACAAUAGAACUGAGUGAUAAAGAUUCGGAGACUGUUCAAAACCAACAAAAUGUGGGUUCGUUCAGAAGCGGUUCACUACCUAAUGUUGCCGCUCCACAACUGCCCACCUCUGAACCAGAGAUUGUUAAGCCAGAGGAAACACCAUUAGUAUCACAAUACACAAUGUCUGGGGGCAGGAGUGGGGGUAUGUCACCCUCGCCCCGAUCCCCGGGUCAAAGAGGACGAGCCUCAUCAUCUGUUGGACCAAUGAGACGGCCGGCAGACCGCAAGCAUGACACUAGUCCAUAUGGUAGCAAUGUAUAUCUGAGUCCACCACCAGACAGCAACUGGCGCAGAACGAACAGUGACUCGGCACUGCACCAAUCGUGUGGUGAGCAGCAAUCCACCGUGCCGCCACUCUCACCCCACCACCCCUUGCAUUCCCAUGCGCACCCGCAUAUGCCUCACCAGAAUCAUAGACGAGCUGCAAAUAUCCAUUUAGAUGUUCUAGCAACGUUUGGCAUGAGUCCCUCGAAUCGUCCGAGAUCGUCGUGUGAAAUCCCACGGAUACCAAAUAAUAACAACGUGUACGAGAGCGGCGGGGACGGUGGGGGCGGAGGUGGAGGCGUUGGGGGCGGGGGCUUAGGGUGCGGCGAGCUGCAGGUGCCGGGGGGGCUCGCUGCCCGACCUCACCUCCGUGCACUUCCCUCCGCCGCACUACCUGCCGCUGCGCACCUCGCCCGACUACCACCACAGUGCGAGCCCCAGUUCUCCUGGAGCGGUGUCCCCUGGCGGGGGUAG